AUGGACUUUAAGGAAUCAUCUGAUUUGACCGUACUUCCAGCUCCUGACUAUUCAGCCGAAACUCUCGACUUAACCACAAGCGAUAGCGAAUCCAAGCCGGUAUUAUCUCCUUCAAAUCAUCAUCAGUCAAAAGAAACAAUUAAAAGCACCCCAAAAACUCACUCCGAAGUCAUCCCUUAUACAAAGAACAUGAACGAAAUAGGGGAUGUUCCUGAUGACAAUGAGGACUUCGAUAUUGAAGAUGAAAGCGUCGCUGAGCGUCUUAUUGGUCUCACUGAAAUGUUUCCUGAGCCAGUUCGCCAUGCCGCUUCGGUUCUUUUUGAAGCAGCCACUAGUGGUAUUGAGUCAGCCUAUUCUAUUAGCAGGUCGGUUACAUGGUUCCUGGCCAGCACAGCCACUCUGUGUUUUCUUCCACUAAUCUUGGAGUUAGAACGGGUUCAGACUGAAGAACAAGAAGCAGUUCAACAACGUACAAUGAUGCUGGGCCCUAGAGCAGCCGGAGGUGGUUCUGGACUGGCUGGAUUUACCGCUUCAGUCCCUCAUCUGACUUCCAUGGAACCCAAGUAG